AUGCGUUAUGGUAAAGUACUUGAUGCUGAAGUGCGGAAUCUGUCUAUUACCCUUCAGGACGCCGAUAUUUGGCUGCACACUGCAUCAUCACGACAAAAGGAGACUGCGGCAACCGUCCUCGGAGAGUGUCGUACACUAUUGCACCAACUCCAACAGGUCCUGGACAAAUUUACGGAAUUGCGACCGCAUCGACAUGCUGGCGGUAGACAAGAGAUGCGCUACAAGCUCAAGAGGUUGUGGUCUAGCAUCAGAUGGGACCCCGAGGAGAUCAACGGCUUCCAACUGCGAAUCAUUUCCAACAUCACGAAACUCAACACGAUAGGCCAGGAGAAAAUGCAGGUCUUUUCAGCCUUGAAAAGUAUCUCAGCCUCUGUUGACAGAGUGAACGUCCUUAUCGACGCCCUUGACGAGCUGGACGGACAAAUAAGGAACGACCUUGUCGCAACGAUGUUAAGGCUCCAGAAGGAGAUCGGCUUGAGUCUGUUCCUGACUUCGAGGCACAAUGUUGGAAUUGAAGAAAAGAUACAUCCAGGCCCAGCUCUCACAGUCGAGAUCCGCGCAUCGUCCGAGGAUGUGCAAAAGUACCUUCGUGCGAACCUGUCCCGUCUUCCACGGUGUGUUUCGGGUAAAUACAACCUUCAAAAGACGAUUGUUGCGAGUAUUACUACGGCAGUGGACGGCAUGUUUCUCCUUGCAGAGCUCCAUAUGAAUUCCUUGAAGAAUAAGACGUCCGCCAAGGAGAUUCACGUUGCGAUAUCACAGCUGUCAUCAGGCUCAAAUGCCUACAACGACGCGUACAAGGCGGCUUGGAACAGGAUCAACGCCCAACCAGAAGAACAUAGGAAUCUUGCAAGACAGACGAUUUCCAUCAUACUUACGGCGCGACGCCCGCUCUCAGUCGGAGAACUGUGCCAUGCUCUUUCCGUGGAUAUCGAAGAUGGACAGAUUGACGAUGAAGAAGACAUGCGCAAUAUCGAGGAUAUACUUUCCACUUGCGCAGGCCUGGUCACCGCGGACCCGGGAAGCAACAAGGUUCGCUUGGUCCACAAGUCAACGCAGGACUACUUUUACCGGAACCGAGCUGAGUUCUUUCCUGAUGCCGAAGAUUUCGUUGUCAGAAUAUGUGUCAUUUACCGACGCGCCAAAAAUUCCGAGUCUCAGAAUGCACCUUUCUACGACUACUCAGAUAAGAAUUGGAAGCUGCUGCUGAGCCGAGGCGCGAAACCGAACUUGCUGGGCAAGAAUCAGCGGCCCAUAAUCUUCUCCGCCAUCGACGUGGACUCUUCUGCCAUCGUUCAAGCGUCCUGUCGGUCGCAAUUCUUCGCCAUCGAGUUGCGGUGGUGGAAGCACUCGUUCGGCGCCCCGAGGUAG